AUGGCUCUGUCCCUCAGCAGUGACGAGCUGUUCAAUACGGUACUCUCUUCCUCUAGAGACGUUUUCUGGCAAGAACAUUCCCACCUCCCCGAACAACAUCGACAGCAACUCUGGAGCCAACGUUUGGAGCCCUUCAUGACAACUCCAAACCAGCAACCUAACUACACUCACGUCAAGGGACCCAGUGUGGACGAGACACCUGGCCUAUCUGGGAAACGGAGCUGCGAAACCAUGAACCCCAACUCGACUUCCGGACGCCACACGAGCAAACGACGAGCUACCAGCCAGGAAGCUACUUUGGAAUCCUCCAGCUGCAAUAGACCUCAGCCACAACAUUCGGUUUCCUCUCCUUCACGGAUACCGCGGUACUCACCGCCUCUUUCAAGGCCUGGCAACUCCACACCAGAAACCGACAUGCUUCCACCCCCCACCACUGUUCACGAGUCCGACGAGUCAUCUACUGGCCUUCCGUUCCUCCUGCCAGCAUCAACUGCAUCGAAUUCUCCUGCGUUUGGUCUUGACCUUCUCGAACUCAACCCGGACCUCCACAGCUAUACGCCUGAUCUCUUCGACCAAAAGUUUCUGGAUGGAACUCCCGGCGCUCUCGAUACUUCGACGACUGGAACUCCCAACCCUUCGCUUGACCAGAGCCCCUCCGCACAGACAUCGAAGCAACAAGAAGUGGCCUCCUCUGGACCGGAUUGUGUCGUACCCAACCCCUCUGGCUUCAGUGCUGAGAUGAAUCGUAGUUUUACUACUGACUCAUUGUGUGGAGGAAUGGAUAUGAUCAGGUUCGGCUCGAACAGAUCGGUUUCCAACAAUCUGGAGUUUCCAGAUCAAUCAUCAGCAAAUUUCUUUGCUCCGUCAUUACAACAGGAAAAUGACACAAACUACCCCCUUUCCUUUAUCCCCACCACCACUACUACCCAAGCCCCCUCUGAUAGUAACAUGACUCAUGUUCAAAUUUCUCAGUCCUUGCCCGAGUACGGGUCUGGCUACCUUCCUUCCCCUCUCUCUACCCCACGCACCCAUUCUUCCUCUUUGCAUUCUUCGUCGUCGGCUUCAUCUACUGAGAUGAAGCCUUCUCUAUCGAGCGAGAGUCAAGAGUCCUCUCGCUCGAAUAACUCCAGAGCUCUGCGGAGGACACAUGAGCAGAUCAUGCAAGGUACACGAAAGAUUGCGCCUAAGGCUGCUGAAAAACAAGGUAUUCAGCCCGCAGAGGCCGAGCACCGGAAGAUCAACAUUCCGGCGGCUGACGGUCGAUCUCGCGAAGUCGCUGUAAUACCUAAAGCUUCGGUUCAACGACCUGCUCGUCAAAAGACAUACUGCACAAUGUGUAACGAGCAACCCGAAGGCUUCCACGGCGAACAUGAACUCAGAAGACACAUCGAUCGAUCUCAUUCUCAAAUACGCAAAGUGUGGAUCUGUGUCGAUAUAUCACCUGACAAGAAGUUUCUUGCCAACUGCAAGGCCUGCCGAAAUCAAAAACGGUAUGGUGCCAACUAUAAUGCAGCUGCCCAUUUGCGUCGCACACAUUUUAACCCCUGCCAGCGUGGUCGUGGGGGGCGAGGCAAGGACAGCGAGAAACGUGGUGGAAAAGGCGGUGGCACCCACCCACCGAUGGACGUUCUGAAGCACUGGAUGGUGCAGCAGGACGAGAUUGUCCUCGACAACACUACGGUCAUCGCCAAACCAACAAAUAAUGAUGUUGCUAAUGUCGCUGCAAAACCACAAAUACCUCGUCGUACCUCAAACUCCAGCUCCAGCGAUAGUGAAUGUGGCAGCACCGCUCCAGCUAUAAACGAUAACAGCUUUACCACCGUCGCUGAAGAACAACAACACUUGGCUGCCCCUACUAUCGGCGCCAAAUUCGACCCGUGCCUAACCACUAUCGAUCAACCCGGCUUCGAUCUCUCACCUCAAAUGCCAUUCAGCCUCGAUGACUUCACUGCUGCUUCGACUCCAUUUGAUUGGAGUGAUGGCAGCCACCCGGCCACUCUCGGAGGAGGGUAUAUCCCCAUGGGCCAGGGUAUCAUGAAUACCUAUGACCCGUCAUUUUAUCCUUGA